CAUCCCUUCUCGCCGUAAAUUAAUGGCCGGGACGCCGAUAACUCGCGAAGUGGGGAUGAAUCACUCGCCAAACUUGUCUACUGCGUAGCGUUUGGAGGGCGUGUUAGUGCCCUGUCGCACGAAAAUCGUCCUCAAAGUUAUCAGAACUUCACGGGUACAAAAGACGUUACCGUUUGCUAAACUUCCCACACCCCAGGUCACGCGAGUAGGCCCGACACACGCCGGAACUAGCUCCGCCCAAAGUUUUUGGUUCUCACCAGUUUUUGUGGAACAAUCAACAGAAACUGCGUCUUUGUUCCUUUAUUGUUUUCAGAGUACAAUGAUUAAUUAGCGAAAAGGCUCUGCCCUCCCCCCUUUGGAAAGUUGGACAAGUCACUGUGCGUGUGUAAUCGGUAGUGGGGCCGGAUUUGGUGCCGCAAGCCAAACCUCUGUCAUGAGGGCUGGCUCUAUCCAGAGGCCUACCACACGUAGUCGGGCAAACUCCAGAAAACUUCAGUCUCCGCUGAAGGCAACAAGUCCGCAGCGACCAACAACGAAACUGACCAACGGAGGUACCAGUUGCGGAGAGUGGGAGAUAAAGACAAAAGACCAGUCAGAGCAGGCAGCAUUAGCCUUGCACAAGGCCCCGGGCCUGAGGGUCUCCCCACGCAUCCACAAACCUGUCAAUGGAGCGGUGCCUGGGCUCACCAAUGGGUGCACCAGGACUGACAAAGACACGGAUGUAAAUGAAGUAUUGGAGGUGAGCGCCGGGAACAAGAAAGGUGUCUGGAGGAACGGGCGGAAGACAGAGGCGGCCGAGGUGGUCAAAAGUCGCGAAGAGGACCACACCAGCGACCAGGAGAACAGCAGUGCGAAUAAGAUGGAUGGCCCUGACAAUGGGGACAAAAGGUUGAGAACAAGAUCCAAACGAGGACAGGCAGAAUCAUCCAUGCCAGACCAAAGCUGCCCCACCCCUGGGUGUGAUGGACUAGGCCACAUCAGUGGCAAGUAUGCUAAGCACAGAAGCACCUAUGGAUGUCCUCUUGCCGCCAAGAGGAGGAAACUUGCCAGGCAAGGUUCGGACAAGAGCAAGAAGUCUACCGACAAACAGUCCUCCUCCACCAGCGAGGACCUGAUGGAGGCUGAGGAGUAUCCCUCAUCUGAUGUAGAACUGACCAAUCAGAAUGACCCCAAUGAUGGGGAUGACCAGUCUAACGUGAUGGAGCCUGAGAGUGCGGAGGGUUCGGAAGCCGCGCCGGAGGAGGAGCAUGUCGGGAACGACACUGCGCCGCCUCCUCCCUUAGAAAGCCCCGAUGAGAACUUUAAGAGCUACGAGGAGCUGGUAGCAAGAUCGUUGAUAAGUCUCAAAAAGGCAGCUUCUGAGCAGAUAGAACAACAACAACAACAACAUCAUCUACAGCAGUCUACAGAGGUGCAAGGUCAGUCUCCAGGGAAUUCCAGUGAUCAGCAACAGCAUUCCUCCGUAGCAAGCUCCCCACAGAGCGAACAUUCCAGUGUAGGGUUCAGUCAGGACUACUCUGAAGAGCGCAGUAGCCAGAACUCGGUGGACAUUAGGGACGAAAUCGAUGAAAACAAGUACGACGAGGACGAGAGAGAAGCUAUCAGUGGACUGGAGACGUUGCGUAGCCAGUGUGACAGUCUGGCGCGACAGCUCAGCACCGAGCUGGUUACCUUGGACUGUGGGAGCGGGAACUCCUCUCUGAACGGGUCUGGUGGGAGCUGGGUGCUCGACAUCGACGGCCAGAGAGGUAAAAAGCAACGCGAGCCAGAUGACGACAGUUCAUCUAGUUCAGACAGUAGCAGCUCGUCUUCAUCCUCUACAUCCUCCUCCCCCGCCAACUCCCCCCCUCCCAGCCCCGAACCCUGCAAACACUCCGACAUCAAGGACGACCACUACGCGGGGAAACCCUACUCCGUAGAAAACAUCACAGGUGCCGAGAUCCCCAGGACGACGUUGGAACAGCCCCUUCCCCUGGCGAGAGAAAACAUCGCCGUCAUCAAACCUAAAGUGGAGCUGGAGCGGAUAGCCGAGGGUCUGACCACCAUCAACCCUGUCGGCGUGUCGCCCUCGGCGAAGGAGAACGUUCCACAGGCGAGGCAGGACUUUGUGGUGCCAAAGGUUCCAAAGACUCCACAAGGGACCAUACGGAAGGAGAGAGAGGGUGACAGCAAGUGUCCGACACCAGGCUGCAAUGGUACGGGACAUGUGACAGGACUGUACUCCCACCAUAGAAGUCUGUCAGGAUGUCCUCACAAAGACAAGAUACCCCCUGAGUUGGCCGAAUCAUUGUGCAGUACAAACAAAGAAACAUGUCCCACACCAGGCUGUACAGGAAGAGGACAUGUCAACAGCAACCGGAAUUCUCACAGAAGUUUAUCUGGCUGCCCCAUUGCUGCAGCACAGAAGCUCAACAAGCAGCAGACUAAACUACAGCCACACGCAGAGGCCAAGACUCCGCCGGGGGUACCAUCUGACAGGGUCCUGAGACCAAUGUGCUUUGUGAAGAAACUGGACGUGGCUCAAUAUGGCUACCCUCCGGUCGUUUCCCCUGCUAUCCCCAGGACCAACCUCGCCAAGGAGUUGGAGAAGUACGCCAAGCUCACGCCCAUGGAGUACACUCCGUACGACCCGGCCGCGUACCUCGGGAAGCGGGCCAUCGCGCCCAAGCUCCCGUCGCACGAGAAGAAGCCGCCGCAGCCGCCACAGCAGCCUCCACCCCAGCCCAUUUUCGCCAAGCCGCCGACGCCGAUGUCCGUCUCCCCUGUCUCCGUCUCUGUCUCUACGCCGACGCAGAAAGUAGAGUACCGCAUCGACCCGAACACGGCACGCAUGGCGGCGACGGCCAUCAACCUCUCCACGAAGCCCCAGCCUCCGCCUCAACAACAGACAAUGCCGAUGAGUCCCACAACGCCCACCAGCGAACAGAACUUGAUCGUCGACCAGAACGGAACUCUCGACCUGAGCAUGAAGUCCAAUCAGAGUCAGAAUCAGAGCCAAACGGUGGCCACGGCGGCCACGCCCCCUCCCCAGUCGUCCCAGGACGACAGGUUUAUGUACCAGAGGCCCAGCGUGGUGGUCAGCACCAAGAACCUUAUGUCAUCGUCGUACUCUCAGGACAAUUACAGCACAGAAUCCCUAACCUACGGCUUGAGCACGCCGACGUACACAACCUCCAUCACAUCAGGCAGGACGGACUUCAAUCAGGGAUAUGUCCUCAGCCCCAUUAAGAAGCCUGAGAAGACGUGUCCCACCCCGGGCUGCGAUGGGUCAGGUCACGUGUCGGGUAAUUAUGCCUCACAUAGAAGCCUGUCGGGCUGCCCGCGUGCUGACAAGAGCCAGAUCGUGGCCAACCAGCAGGAAAUGAAGUGUCCGACGCCUGGCUGUGAUGGUUCAGGACAUGCUACUGGGAACUACUCUUCCCACAGAAGCUUGUCUGGCUGUCCUCGUGCGAAGAAGAUGAAAAACUUGUUGAAGGAAAAGGAAAACGAGAAUGGAGCUGAGCCCAUAAGACUUGGCUGCCACAUGACUAGCGUGAAUGACAACACGAAGCAGUCUGUCGCAGCCAUUUCACAAGUGGAAGGGUGCCCAGUACCGGGGUGUGAUGGCUCAGGACACGUCUCUGGGAAGUACGUCACACACAGGAGUGCUUCUGGAUGCCCUUUAGCAGCCAAGAAGGGCUUCAACCUCAGCAUGUUCCGUGAUGAAAAUGGUGAGUGCAAGGAUGUCCCCGGGUAUUGGAGAUCACCUGUCCAAUCUUCCAGCUCCUACGACCUCCCUUUGUCCAGCCAGUGGACCAGGCCGAGAAUGGACGGGCUGGUCUGCCCCACCCCUGGGUGUGAUGGUUCGGGCCAUGCCAACGGCAGCUUUCUCACACACAGAAGUUUGUCAGGCUGUCCCCGUGCCACAGCUGCGAUGAAGAAGGCACGUCUGACCUCCGAGGAGAUGAACACCAUCAAGUACAAGGCCAGCAACGGUAUAGAGAAUGAUGAGGACAUCAAGAAGCUGGAGCAGGAAAUCACAGAGCUGCAGUCCUCCAACUCACACAUGGAGGCACAGAUGAUCAAGUUAAGAACACAGAUAACAUCAAUGGAGAACAAGGUACAGCAGGGGGAGAAGGAGAACAAGGCGAUAGAGGACAAAAACAUCAGCCUGAAGGAACAUCUGGAGUUUCUACGGUCCAACCUCAUCCAACACUUACAGGAGAUCAAGCUGCCUGGGACCAACGAGGGCCCAACUGAGGAGAACUUUGACUCUUACAUCUCAUCCCUACGGAACCUCUGCCUGGAGAACUACACUUCUGAAAACAAGGCACUCUUCCAGGCGGUUAAGGCUGCGUUAGAGGACUUUGAUGUAAAGGUUUGAUCAAUGAUGAUACGACAUUCUCCCCAUGGCGGCAACACAAGUAGCAUUUUAGAUACAAGGCUCUGAUUGGAUGUAUAAUGUUAUCAGUUGGGCCAGUGGGCUAGUCAUGUGUUGUCAAUAGGGAAGGCUGACCUGAUUUCUUAUGAUGAUCUAGUUAUGAUGACCAUAGCAUUUCAAAUCCUAGGUUGUGACUGGACAAUGAUGGAAUCAAAUUGGUUUAUGAUCAUGAGUGCAGAUUUGGGCAUGUUUUCAGCAUAGAAAGAACCGUUUUAAUGCAGAAGACUUUUAAUAUAAUGUUACAAUCCUUUUAGAAAUCUCUUCAAAGACAUUUAAUAGGAAAAUACAACAUCAAACAGAAACAGAGUUAUGUAAGAGGAGAUGAAAUUUGUUCCAAACAGAUAAUGUGUUAUGCAUCACUUCACCAUUCACAUGCUAUUUCCAACAUUGUAAAUAUAAGACAUUAGCACAAAAGUGGUAUUGUGAUGUUACAGUAGUAGACUUUUAUGAUACAAUGUGACAUAUCCAGUGUGCACUUGGAUUAUGUGGUAUAAAGAAGGGAAAGCUAUUUAUUAUAAUAUGAAGAUUUAAUUAAUAAAUGUUUUAAUGCUUCUGGGGGCAUACUUUAUGUGACAAUGACUUUGAACAGUUGAAUGAUAGCACACAACACAAUUGCGGUACAGUACACAAAGUGACGAACUUGCAAUCAUUGCUUUGCCAAACAGAAAAGAAAUAUAUGGGUGCCAGGUAUAGCUUCAUGGCUUGGUAGCAGUGUAAUAUAAACAUGCUAGACUUUUCUUGACUCAACUGUUGGUAAGAUGAAGUUGUGGAAUAGUACAUGUAUCUGUACACAUAGACGUCACCACACCUGUACAUGGUUGCCUCCUGAUUGAGCUGUAAUUUGUGACCCCCUACCCUAAGUCUGCUGCAGUUCAUUUAAAAACUCUGCAUUCCUAAAUAGAAGGACAAAUAUCACUGAAGGGGUGUUUAUAAAGUUUUGUACACGAGUCUAUGACAACAUACUAAGUUUUGGCUGAGUCCUGAACAAACAACUUUCACAAUUAUGAUUUAUUGUUGUUGAAAUCUGUUAUCCCCAAAGGUCCCAUCCAUUGCCCGGGUCAGAAAACAUGACUGGUACAUCUCCAAACUAGAGGUGACCAUAUUAGCAUGUGUGAUACUGAUAUUUCUGAUACAUUACAUUCUGUACAGACUAGAACAGUAUUGAAACAGUCUACCAAUCAGUUGUAUAGAUAUUCCUACUUGUCAGUGAUGAUGUGGGUAGUGCAAUGAAGGAAGGGAGCUUGUGACCCAGCAGAAAACCCCAUCUGUUUACUCUCAUACAUUCCAAACUAUACUCACUGUAGAUAACACAAUCACAUACUAGGUGCAAUCACAUGAUAUAUCUCAUUUUGUAAUGUGGAAGCUGAAGUAGGUCCAAAGAUGGGAGUCAAGGGUAGAGCAGACAUCACAUUCUUGACUGUUUUUGAGGUACUGGUAUAUAUGGGAAGAGUUAAGAGAGUUGAUGAUGAAAGGAAGAGUUUUUCCAACACAUCCCACAGUAAGCAUCAGUAUGUGGCUCAUCAUGUUACCUGAUAAAAGAAUUUUUCUCUGAGCUAAAAGGAAGCUGUGCUAGGACAUUUACUAGGUAUAAAACUGUGUGUUGUUCGAGCAACCUCGAUUUUUAUGUAAACAGUAAAAAGGACUGCAGUUGAGGACUUCCCUAGUUGUGUCCUGGGAGGGAUUUUUACUCACUACGUAAGUCAUGUAAUGAAAUUUAGGUACAAGUAAUUGGUAUGGUUUUAGCUACUGAUGUAUAAACCGAGAGUGAGAACUAAUUAGGUAGUAUGAACAGCAGACUGUACAUGUAGCUCACUCUUUCUGGCCAAAUGGGCAUUCUUCAAGACAUUUAAAUGUUUUCUAAACUCGGUUGAGCAACUUGAGAUCAGCCACUGUAGGUAAGUUUUGGUAAUGCAGAGAGCAGCUUCUGACUGGUGGCAAUCUAAAGUAAGCAUCACAUUGUGCAGUUGAUAAAUUUUUGUGGACAUUUUGCAUGGUGGCAAGCUUAGCACUAGCUUUGAGUGUUAGUGGAAGUAGUAGUUGGUGUCUCAGGCAAGCCAUAUUUUAAAUGCUGAGGUGUGCAAAGACACUUGCUAAACUUCAGUGAUGUCAACCCUGGAGAGGGCAGAGAAAUGAAGGAUUCAAAGUGAAUAUUUCUGUGGAUAUAUUAUUCAAAACACUUGUCUAUUCCUCUGAUAUUCCUAACAUUUAAGAAGUACAAUACUUUUGACCAGAGGAAAGUAUAUAAUUUAUUGAAGUGUUCAGGGGGUCUUUAUUUUUGUGCUAUUUAUUCUGCUGCAUAUGAAAGCAGACUCCUCUAGAAUGAACUCAUGGAUUUAAUUACACAUUCUUAAGAAUGUUAUGAAAAUUGAAAGAAUCAUUUCACAUGCAAUUGACCAUUCUAUUGAGUAGUAUAUUUGUAAGUAUAGAAUGUUGAAUGUAGUAUAUUUUGGAAGUUAUGUGAUGUAGACUUUAUGAUGCUAUUAACAUUUUGUCACUAUAUUUAUAUUAUUUAUUGUCGUUUUUCAAUGGAGGUUUUCAGUUGUAUUUGUAUCUCUCUUAAUAUUUUGUAUGACACGAGCUGACAAAACCAGAGCUUAGAGCAUAGCGGUAGAAGAUAGUCAAUGUAAUGCUAAAAGUGAUGACAGUCACUUUGUGAAAUAUUUAAGAUUUUUAUUGCAAUGAUCAGUGCAUAUUUGUGCUUGUCCUUGUGCAUGUGCAACUUCAACUGUUUUGUAUCCCAGGGCAUUGAAGGAUUGUCCUGCCAUUUGCAUGUGUUGUACUUGUGACUUAGCCAAAGAAAUUUGGGCCAUUUUAAGUGAAAGAAUUAAAUGUCUGAUACACAAAA